GUGGUAGAAGAUCUCCGUGAGCAUUUCUUUGGUCCUUCAUUGGAACUUUCAUCUCAUGAUAUGUAUUCAGUGAUAUGGCCUCUGGAUGAGAAAUAUCCGUUUGUGAAGCCAGAAGGUGGAGAAAGUGUUUCGGAUGUUGUUUCUAGACUCAUGAAGGCUUUGAUAACCAUUGAGUCAGCGUUUCAAGGCUGCACAAUCUUGGUUGUCAGCCAUGGUGAUCCCCUUCAAAUCUUGCAGACAAUACUCCAUGCAGCUAAAGAGCGUGACGGACCCAAUUGUGACUUGGCAUCAAGAAUAGAGGCAGUUAAAGUCCCAUCUGUUCUCUCACGACACCAGAAGUAUGCCCUUCUAACUGGACAACUUAGGGCAGUCAUAUAAAUGAUAGCUUCUACGGAGUGGGCAAAGUGCUAAUUAGCUACUGAAAUUGAUUUUCAUUUAUGACUACAUUCUUGUCAUGUGAUGUUAUUGGAGUGAAGCAACAAUAAUAUAGCCUCCCAAAAGGUUUGUGCAUAUAUAGUGGUGUUUCAAUUUGAUGAAAACGCCUCAAUAUAAUGUUUUCAAAGGCGAUUCCAGGGCUCGCCUCAAGACAAGCCGCAGCAAAACCGCUCCUGGGUGUUGAUUUUUUUAGCAGAGAACCACAAAAGAUUCUGUUCUUUCCUUAUUAUUAUUAUUUUUUGGGGUGAAGAAGUGAAGAGUUGCGUUUUUUCCCAAGCUGUUAGGGCUUUGUAUAGCGCAAACACAAUCCCCUUGUUUUAUGGUAUUUAUUAUUAAUUUUCCAUUUU